AUGACGGUACGAAUAGACGACGAAUUUAGAUUUCUGGAAUUACUGACAACUUUUAUAGCGAACCACGUGGACGUAUUUCCGAUGAACGUCAUACAAUGGCCCGGGGAGUACUACGCGUGGUGCGUAAUAAAAAAAGACAGGCAAACGAUAACGGUACGAAAUGUCAGGACACGACUACGAAUGAUACGCCGCGAAAAAAGACGCGGUCGCGAAACUCACGACGACUACUACGACGACGACAACGACGACGACGACGACAACGACGACGACGAUCAACCGCCAUUAACGACUUCAGCUAACGCUGCAACUAGCGGUAGUCGUCAACGUCCUCCCGCUACUGCGGCACCACUGUCACCACAGCCGCAAUUGCCGUUAUCACCGCCAUUAACGACUUCUGCUAACGCUGCAACUAGCGGUAGUUGUCAACGUCCUCCCGCUGCUGCGGCACCACCGUCGCCACAGCCACAAUUGCCGUUAUCACAGCCAUUAAUGACGACGACGACGACGACGAUAAUAGAAAUUACAGACGAUGAAGACGAAUCUCAGCCGCGGCCUCCAGGUAGGAGAGGAAAAACAACGUUUUUUCCCGAGUCCAACCAAGUCGAAGAAACGGCGGCGCCGUCGCCGCCGCCGAUGUCGACGAGAGAAGACGAUUCUCAGCCGCGGCCUCCGGGUAGGAGAGGAAAAACAACGUUUUUCCCCGAGUCCAUCAACCAAGUCGAAGAAGCGAAGGCGCCGUCGCCCAACGAAGACGAAUAUCAGCCUCCCGCUACCACCGCCACUGGUAGUCGUCCUGUUGCUGCUGUAGCGACAGAACACGUGAGCGUGUCAUCCGAAAAAGAGUCGGAUGGCCGUGCGGGGUGCGCGCGCGGAUAUUGGUCAGUAACGUCGCGAACGCCGUCGCCGCCGCCGCCGAUGUCGACGAGAGACGAUUCUCAACCGCGACCUCCGAGAAUCAGUAGAAAAAGAAAACACGACCCGUUGGACGAAUAUAAAGCGCUCCGUCGAAAAGCUGGUAAGAGAUGGAGAGGAACGAUGGGAACGUUCGUCGUACCGUCGCCCGAAAAAAACGAAUGUCAGCCUCUCGCUACCACCGCCACUGGUAGUCGUCCUGCUGCUGCUGCUGCUGCGACAGAACACGUGAGCGUCUCGUCCAAAAAAGAGUCAGAUGGCCGUGCGUGGUGGGUGCGCGGAUAUUGGUCAACAACGUCGCAAACGCCGUCGCCGCCGCCGAUAUUGCCGAAAGUCAAAAUGACCGGUUAUGACUCAUCAACCACCACGGACAGCUCGACCUUGAGACGCUCAAAGCGUUUUAAAGCAGCAGCAUCAGCAGCCUUACCAACGAUCGAAGAAGAAAUCGAUGACUCGACCACUUCGACCCGGAGACUGUCCAAAGGACUACCGAUCCAAACGCCAGCCAAGUCGAAUGGCCAUGCACCUGGUCCGUCAUCACCGCCAGCUUUACCGAGACGCGAGCCGAUAAAAAAAUCAGCUAGUGACUCAACCACCUCGGCCACCUUGACCUCGAGAGGUUCAAAAAGACUGAAAAAAGCAGCAGCCUCACCGUCGACGUCGAAAAGUAUAAGCGUCGGUGACUCGACUACCUCGGCCACCUCGACCGGAUCCAAAAAAAGGCCCGGUCCAAAAAUGACGAUACGCGACUUUACGUCUCGCAUGGACCUACUGAUAAUGAGACACGCCCUAACGACGUUUACCCCCAACACCUUAUCGUCGUGGGAACCUCUCAUAAGUUCGAUCCCCGAGUUCGCAAUUUUUACGCCUGCGCAACUGCGCUACCGACUCCUUCAGCUGUGCGACGGAUUGCACAGCGAAGAAUUCGGUAACAAGUACCGCGACAUGUUGGAGCAGGUCAGACAAAUGUGCCGCAAUCAAAAAAUUCUUCGCUCACGUAAAUGA